AUGAUUCUGGUUGGAAUCCUGCGGCACUAUGUUACCCUCCUCCUCAACUCUCCACCAAAGAAACAGUUGUUACUUGCCAUUAGGGAGCAACGGGCCAUUUCUCGCUCUCAGAUACUUCGAGCCACAUCCACGUCCUCCCCCCUUCCACCGCACCUCUAUCGCACCAUUUCAUCACAUCUCUACACCGCAUUUACCGAAGGGACUUACCUAAAAGACUCUGAAUUGUCAGAAGAAGAGAAGAAAGAAAAGGAAGAAAACCCUCCAAAUCCACUCACUGAUCCAGGUACUAUGGAUGGCAUGGUGGAAGGGCUGAAGAAGCAAAUGGUCAUGAUGGUGCCGCAGAUGCUCAUUAUGGGAUGGAUCAAUUUCUUCUUUCAGGGUUUCGUUUUGAUUAAACUCCCAUUCCCGCUAACGCUUGGCUUCAAAUCAAUGAUGCAGCGUGGCAUCGAGACUCCCGAUAUGGACGUUCGUUGGGUUUCUUCUCUUUCAUGGUACUUCCUCAAUUUUUUCGGCCUCAAUGGACUCUUUCGGCUGCUUCUCGGGUCAGAAAAUGCCGCAGACUCAACGUCAGAUAUGGCUGCUCAGGCCUCCCCAUUCGGCUCCGUGCUGUCUGGAGCUAACGCACCGCCAGCCGAUAAUCUGCAGUUUGCAGAGGGGCAAUAUAAGUGGGUUUGCGAUGAUGUAGAAAUCAGAGUGUUGGAGCAAUGGGGUAAGAUACCUGCUAUAAGGUGA